AUGAAAUUAUUCGGUAUUAUAAUAAAACUAAAUGUUUUUAAAUUAAACAGGAAUAAUAAUAUAUAUAAGAAAAAAUUAAAUAAUUAUCAUUCAACGAAUUACAGCUAUUUGGUGAAUCUUUUAAAUAAAAAAAGUAAUACUUCGAAUGAAAUAUAUUCUUUACAUUCGUUACUUACUACAGUAUCAGAAUAUAAUUAUGAUAAAUUAAAAUAUAUAAACAAAACUAAUUCAGAUUUAUUAGAUAAUGAUGAAUAUAAUAUUAUAUUAGAAAAAUGGAGAAAAUGUAUUAAAAUUUACAUCAGCUGGUUUCCUGAAAUUAAUGAAGAUAAAUAUAAAUCAAAAUGUUUUUCUUUACCAAGUAGUAUGACUUUUCAUAUUGUUAUUCCUAAUAAUGAUAUAAACUUAUAUAACAUUUUAGAGACAUAUGAUAAUUUUAACUUUCAUAAGAUUUUAGAAAAUAUGCACAAUGGAAUAAACGAAAACUCCGAUUCUUCAAAUUAUAAAAGUGAAGAAUAUAAUAUUUAUUCAAAUAUAAGAAAUAAAAACAUUGAAAAUAAUCAUUAUGAAAAUAAUUCUCAAAAAAUUAGAACAGAUGCAUCUGGAAAAGAAAACUUACAUGAAGUUACAAAUAACUUGGAUAAAAUUAAUAUAAAUGAAAAUAAAAAUAAUAGUAAAAAUACAUCAAAAAGGAAAAAAGAUGAAAAUAUCCCAAAUUGCAUAGAAUACUCGAUUAAAAAAGAGAUAAACUUAUAUAAAAUAGAAAAUUUAAGAAAUGUUUCAAGUGGAAAUAAUAAUGAAAUUAAAUUUAAUAAUUCUUAUUGUAGCAAUAAUGAAGAUCUUAUCUUUUUUUUUUCUUUUAAUUUAUAUGAUUUGAAAAAUAAUGAAGAAUUCAAAGAAAUAUUAAGUGAAUGUUUACAAGGUAAUUUUGUCAAAAAACACACGAACUGUUUUAAUCCUUUUCUUUUUAUAGUUUAUGAUUUUAAAACUUUAAUACAUAUAUUGAAUAAUAUAGAACUAAAAUUAAUGAACAUUGACAAUGUCUUUGAUAUUUAUAUUAUAAGUUCAUUAUUACAACUUGUUCAAAGAGGAGAAAAGUUGCAAACUGUUUUCAGUGCAUAUUUAAAUGAUCAAUUAAAUUUUAAACAUUCUAAAAAUUCGACACAACUAAUAAAUUUUUCCCACUUUUCAAUUUUCCCUCCUGAAUUUUCGGAUGUUCUUUCAGGAAAAUAUGGAAUAUAUGGUUGGGGUAAAUAUCAAAAAAUGAAAGAAAAAAGUAAUAAGAAAAAGAAAAAUUUAGAAAAUAUUAAUGAAAAUGAAUUAAAUUGUACAGAUAAUAUAAAAGAUAAAAUGAAUAAGUAUACUAAUUUAGUAAAGUAUCAAAAAAAAAAUAUAUUAAAUAGAGAUAAACAUAAUCAAUUUAGGUUUAUUCCUAUAGAUAUAAAAAAUCUAAAUAAUAUUAAAAAAAUGGCAUUUGGAAAUAAAAGGAGUAUGUAUGAAAUAACUGAAGAAGAUAUGAUAAGUUAUUGUAUUUCAAGAAAUUGUUGUUUGAUCAUUUUAUUUGACUUUUUGAUAAAAAAAUUUGAAGAAAAUUUAAAUUUAUUAAAUAUUUAUAUAAAAAUAGAACAACCGUUAAUACUUUGCAUAAGUGAAAUUGAAAAAAGAGGAAUAUUUCUAAAUGAAAAAAAAAUAGAAGAAAUUCAAAAAAAUUCUGUUGAUCCACUUAUUUAUAAAAAAGAGAUAGAAAAUUUAUGUAAUUGUGACAUAAAUUUAAAUUCGUCAAAACAAGUAUCUUCUUUAUUAUAUAAAUAUUUACUUAAUCUUACUUUUAAUAAUGAUAAUUCUGAUAAAGAGAUUGAGUAUGAUCAAAGAACUAAGUGUGAAAUAAAAAAAAUUCAAAAUGAUGAAAAAGUUCCCUAUAUAACUAACUAUGAAAAUAGUGUUUUUGAUUAUACCAAUGAAGAAACUAAUGAAAAUGAUUGUGACAAAAAUAGUGAUAUGAAAAAAAAAAAUAUACAUUUAAAUGAUAAAUUAAUGGAAAAUAUAAUAAACAGUAAUUAUUCCAAUCCAACACCUAUUACUUCAUUAUCUACCUUAUCUUCUUCACCUACAUCUAACAUAAUUGAAGAAAAUGCAUCAUAUUUUAAUAAUACUAUAAAUGAAAUGAAAAAAAGUAAAAAUUUUCUGACAAAUAAUAAAAUGUUAAAAAUUAUUGUAGAUGAAAUAGAAAAAUGUGAUUCUAUAAAUGGAAAAGAAAAAGAAAAAAUUAAAAAAAUAAUUAGUAAUAUAAAAUUAUAUAGAGAAUCAAAAAAGUUAUUUCAGAAUUAUAUAGAAAAUUUACCUAAAUAUAUACAAAAAAAUACGAAGAAAAUUCACUGCAAUUUUAAUCAAAUAGGUGCUUCAACAGGUAGAUUGUCAUGCGAUCAACCUAAUUUGCAAAAUAUUCAUUCUAGAUUCAGAUGUGCUAUAUCUUUAAAAAAAGAAAAUGGAUUAAAUGAAUAUAAUUUUUUAGAAAUAAAUAAGAAGAAUUUGAUUGCUUUCGAUUACAGACAAAUGGAAUUAUUUGUUAUGGCUUAUUUAAGUUUCGAUGUUGAAUUAUUGAAGUUAUUAAAUUAUAAUGAUGUUUUUAUUGAAACUGCAAAACUUUUAUUUAACACAAAUAAUGUAACAAACGAAUUAAGAAGAAUGACUAAAACUGUCAUUUAUGGAAUUUUAUAUGGACAGACAGAAAGUGGAUUAGCAAAAAGCUUAUUAAUAAGUGAUACUCUAGCAAAUAAAUUAAUUCAAAAUUUUUUUAACUUCUUUCCAAAUGUUUAUAAAUUUAUGCAAAUGCAAAAGUAUUUAGUUAAGCAUAUGGAUUGUGUUUAUACAUUAAUAGGAAGAAAAAGAAUAAUAUUACCAAAUAUAAAAAAUAAAUAUAGAAUUAGUAUGAAUUCACCAAUUCAAGGUUGUGCAGCUGAUAUCAUGAAAUUUUCUUUAUUAUCUUGCUUUAAUAUUUUAAGUCAUGAUAUUUAUAGCAACCCAAGAUUAUUAAAAAUAAAUGAUAUUACUACUUUACCUAAUGAUAAUCCAAAUUUUUUGAAGAUAACCAAGUUAAUAUUACAAGUUCAUGAUGAAUUAUUAUUAGAAAGUGAACAAGAAGCCACUAAUUAUAUAGUUCAUUUAUUAAAACCAGUUUUAGAAAAUGCAUUUUAUAAUUUAAUACAUUAUACAAACUCUUUCAAUAGACUUCAAUUAUUAUUUGAUUAUAUGCAUGAUAAUAUUUCUAUCAAAACUUACAUUGAAUAUUUAGAAAAAGUUAAUAAUCAAACAUAUAAAAUUAAUCAAUAUGAACAAAAUAACUUAUCUUCUAAUUUGUCAAGCUGUGAUAAUGAAAUUUUUUCAAAUUAUAAUUUUAAAUUACCUAUUAAGGUAGAAUUUGGUGCACAUUAUAAAGAAUCAUCUUAA